AUGUCUGCAACCAUAGCUGUGACAAACGGCAAAUUGUUAGAGCCACAACCUGAGAGCUGUCCAGGCCCAGAAAGCGAAAAUGCGGGUACCGCAAGUGCAUGCCAGACAUGUGCAAAUAAGGACAUCUGUGCGUCAUUGCCGCACGGCCCGGAUCCGGACAUUCCAGUGAUCAACAAACGCCUUGAAAAUAUCCAGCAUAAGAUAUUGGUGCUUUCCGGAAAAGGAGGGGUCGGAAAAUCCACAUUUACAUCAAUGUUGGCGUGGGCUUUGGCGGCGGACGAGGAUAUGGAGAUCGGAGCGAUGGAUUUGGACAUAUGCGGCCCAUCCUUACCCCGGAUGAUGGGUUGUGAGAAGGAAAGUGUGCAUGAGUCGAAUUCGGGAUGGUCUCCAGUCUAUGCAGCAGACAACUUGGGCAUGAUGUCGAUCCAGUUUAUGCUCCCGGAGGAGAAUGCGGCAGUCAUAUGGAGGGGCCAGAAGAAGAACAGUCUCAUAAAGCAGUUUUUAAAGGAUGUGGACUGGGGUGAUUUGGAUUAUCUAGUGGUUGAUACGCCUCCAGGCACCACAGACGAGCAUCUAUCGAUAGCCAAGUAUCUGGAGGGCACAGGAAUAGACGGGGCGUUGGUUGUUACGACACCGCAGGAGGUUGCACUUCUAGAUGUGCGAAAAGAGGUGGAUUUUUGCCGUAAGGCGAACAUUAAGGUGCUUGGCAUAGUGGAGAACAUGUCUGGGUUUGUGUGUCCGAACUGUGGGGGUAAGUCGAGAAUUUUCAAGCCCACUACAGGCGGUGGGAAGCAGCUUGCCAAGGAUCUAGGCGUUAAAUUCCUUGGAUCUGUGCCAUUAGACCCCAGAAUAGGUCGAAGUUGUGACUCUGGAGAGUGCUUCUUGGACAUUUACCCUGAUUCGCCAGCUUCUGAGGCCAUUAUGGAUGUGGUUGAUGAACUAAGGGAUGCUAUUGAGGGUGAUAGUACGAGUAGCGCCGAUAAAAGUGACUAG